UAUAUAUAUUUCCCCUCCCUACUCUAUAUUUCCAUGCUUCAAAUAAACUAGCAUAAUCUUAUCUUAGCUAUCACAACACCACAAUAGUAUUUUUUAUCAUAUCUUAUUAGCCAAACACCAAAUGGGAGAGAAAAAGGAGGAGCAGCCGAAGAAGAAUGAGACCGAGAAAAAGCCUGACGAUGGAGGAGCCAAGAAAGACGACGGACCUGCACCUGUCGUUUACAAGUUGGACUUGCAUUGCGAGGGAUGCGUCAAGAAGAUUAAACGAACCGUUCGCCAUUUCGAAGGUGUGGAAAACGUUAAGGCUGAGCUGUCGGCUAACAAACUAACAGUUACUGGUAAAAUGGACUCCAACAAACUCCGUGAUAAACUGGCCGACAAAACCAAGAAGAACGUUGAGAUUGUGUCCCCUCAGCCCAAGAAAGACGCCUCCGCCGCCGCUGAAAAACCGCCGGAGAAGAAGUCCGAUGAGAAGAAACCCGAAGACAAAAAGCCCGAAGAAAAUAAGCCUAAAGAGCACACGGUGGUUUUGAAGAUCGCGUUGCACUGUGACGGUUGCGUUACAAAAAUUCGAAGAAUAAUCCAGAAGUACCAAGGUGUUGAUUCGGUGAACCUUGACUUAGGGAAGGACAUGGUGAUUGUGAAGGGAACUAUGAAUGAGAAGGAGUUGGUACCGUAUCUGAACGAGAAGCUGAAGCGAAAGGUCGAGGUGGUCCCACCUAAGAAAGACGAAGAUAAGAAAGAGAAAGAGAAAGAGAAAGAGAAAGAGAACAAGGAAGGCGGUGGCGAUAAGAAAGAGAAGGCGGAGGGUGCGGCCGCAGCGGCGGCGAUGGUGGAGGUUAACAAAAUGGAAUAUCAGUACCCGCCACUACCUCCCGCGUACUGGUACGAUGGACACUCUUCUGCUGGUCAAACCGGUUAUGCUAUGGAGGCUCAUUCGGGUUACGAUAAUCAUUACGUGCAGCCUGCGUACGUAAACCACGGGUACGAGAAUCAUGGAUACUAUCCUGCACAGCCACCAGCACCGUUCUUCAUGCACUCUCAACCCCCUCCUCCUCAGAUGUUCAGCGAUGAGAACCCCAAUUCUUGUUCCAUUAUGUGAUCUCAUUCAAGUGUUUGAUUGUCGGUGGAGAGCUCUGUUUUUGACGGUGUACUACUUGUGCUGUAAUUUGUAAAUAAAAACAUUAAAGUAAUAUAUAAAUUUAUAUUUAAGGAAAAAUUAUAUGAUAUAUAGGUUGGUAUUAAUGUAUUAUAGAGAUAGAGGAUGACCGGCUGGCUGGAGAAUCCUGUCCAGAUUUAAAAAAAAAAAAUAGAACUUGCAUGAUGA